AUCGAUUCUCUGUGGGAACGGUUCGCGUAAUUUUCUCAGCUCCGUCAGUCAGUGAAGAAUUCUACAAAAGAAAGGAAGAAAAAACAGUUGCAGCAAGCGCAACAGAGAUACAUUUGAUCUGGAAAAAUAAAUGAAUAGAGCUGGAAAUUCCGUAUAAACAAAAAACUGUUACUCUGUGUGCCACGUUCCGAUUUGGAUUUUGUUUUUCCGUGUCCGGAAUUGGUGUCGAAAGUGUAGGAAUUUCUGUGUCACUUCUACUAAAAUAGCAUACAAAAGAUGUCAGAGCCCGCAGCCCAACAACAGCAGCCGCAAAAUGGCAAGGAGCGCUCCAAGUCCACGGAGGAGAAAGAGAUACCGCGCGAACCGGCGCUCGUCUGCAAAGACAUCGAUAUAAAGACUGAACUAGAAAGCCUAGUGAAACUGCUGGAUGGCAAGAUCUACAAAGAGGAGGAGGUGGCCAUGGAGGAGCUGCAUCAGUAUUUGAUCGAGGACGAUGGCUCCUGGGCAUUGGGUGACAAUUUUCUGGUCUUUGUGCAGCGCGUGCUGCGCGAUACCCAGGCCUUUUCACCGGACACACGGAUACACCUGAUACGCACAUUGGCCUAUGCCGCGCUCAAGGACGAUGUCAUCAUCAUUUUGCACCAGGAUCGCCGGGACCACACGCUGAUGAACUUUGCCCAGGACAUUGAUAAGCACACACCCGAGGAACAGCAGGCAUGGGCCAUGUUUAUGUGCAAUCUGUUUGAGAAUGUGGGUCCCUCCGAGUGGCUGCUGUACAUUUCCGAGUGGGAAUACAAUGGCCAGACAACAUCGAAUAUACGCGUAACCACCAAGGUGGCCGUCCACUGCAUUCUCUCCAAUUGUCCGCAGUUGAAAAACAUUGGCAGCAUGAUCCUCUACAAUAUUGCCAUCAAGGAGGUCAAGACUGUGGUCUUUGAUGACAUUGCCGUGGAGCUGGCCAUGGCCAUUCUGCAGUUCUUCCAGAGCAGCCCGAAUGAGGAUCAAAUCUAUCGCACAUUGAAGGCACUCGCACGCUUCAUCGAGGUCUCGCAAGACGUACCAAUGAUCAUUCAGAUGAUUGGACCGCAUCCAAAACAAUUUAGCGGCAAGAGCGAGCGUGUCGAUGAGCUGGUAAAGAUCAUUAGUCGCAAAGUGCCCGCCUAGACCCUAGAUGCGGCUCCUUCCAAAAACAUAACCAUAGUGACAGCCCCCCCCCUCACACCCUUUUCUAUCUAGUACUCGUAUAUUUUAGAUCUUUCUCUUUUGUAAAGCAUUUUGCGCGACACAAUAAACACACAUUUGUAGCCCAGAUUA